UGUUUGACAGUUUACGUUGUUGCUAACCACAGGCUAUCCUGGUUACCUCACGUACACAACAACAACUGCAAAAAAAGAAACUUCCCAGGGUCGUGUGGAUUUUAGGACAACUUCCAGCAGUUCGGCGAGCAUGAAAGAAGACAAACGUUACAACCAGGAUGAAAGAUGAAGCCAAACUAUGACAACGUCCUCUUUACCAGGGAGGAGUGGACCUCAUCUUCACAGGAUCUGUAUUACAACUGCAGCAACACAGGACUCAACGCUCUGUCCUUUGAUCCGUCCUCCAACAACGACCCUCUCCAGUUCAGCGGCUCCAGUGGGCCGCUGGUGACAGAGUGUCCUCCUCUAGAAAACACUGCAGAGAAUAGCAAGAAGAGGAAGAGAGCCAACCUGCCUCCAGAAGGGAUCUGUAACAUGACAAUGGACUCCAAUGGAUCGAUGACGAUGCCCAUGUCAGACCCCAACGCCUGGGCGACAGCCAUGAACAACCUGGGGAUGCCUCCCAUCGGGAUCACUGGACAACAGCUCAUGCCAGAUUUUGAUCCCAGCCUUGGCAUGAUGGCUGGAAUCACCCCCAUGAAUCCCAUGAUGCCCGGCCUCGGUAUGGUGCCCAAUCCCCUCUCCCAGGAGCUGCCAGUUGUCAAGGAAAUCAUCCACUGCAAGACCUGCACCCUCUUCCCCCCCAACCCCAGUCACCUGUUGCAGGCCGGGGAUGGGAUGACAGAGGACCUUCCCCCUCCGGCUACAAGAGACCGCCCUCCGGGUUGUAAGACGGUGUUUGUUGGCGGGCUGCCGGAGAAUUCCAGCGAGCAGCUCAUCGUUGAGGUCUUCGGGCAGUGUGGAGAUAUCACCGCCAUACGCAAAAGCAAGAAAAACUUCUGCCAUAUCAGAUUUGCUGAAGAGUUCACUGUGGACAAGGCUCUUUUCCUUUCGGGUUACCGUAUCCGCUUGGGCUCCAGCACAGACAAAAAAGACUCGGGCCGCCUCCAUGUGGACUUCGCCCAGGCCAGAGACGACCUGUACGAGUGGGAGUGUCACCAGCGCAUGUUGGCCAGAGAGGAGAGGCACCGGCGCAAGAUAGAGGAGGAUCUCCUGCGGCCGCCCUCUCCUCCUCCCAUAGUGCACUACUCCGAGCACGAGUGCAGCCAGCUGGGAGACAAGAUCAAAGACGACGGCAAGUUUCCUGAAGCAGUGCAUGUGCUGUUGACCUGGCUGGAGAGAGGGGAAGUCAACCGAAGGAACGCCAACAACUUCUACUCAAUGAUCCAGUCGUCCAAUGGCCACAUCCGCCGGCUGACGGGCGAGAAGAGUCAGCACGAGAAGGAGGUGGAAGAGGCCAAAGAGAAGUUCAAGACCGCUCUAGCCGGCAUAGUUGGUCAAUUUGAACAGAUUGUGUCUGUAUUCCAAGCUGCUUCCAAACAAAAGGCAUGGGACCAUUUCACCAAAGCGCAGCGCAAGAACCUGGACAUGUGGCGCAAACAAGCAGAGGAGAUCAGGAACAUGCACAGCGAGCAGCUGAUGGGUAUCAGGCGAGAGGAGGAGAUGGAGAUGUCCGACGAUGACAUGGAGGACUCCCCCGACAGCAAGGACUCUGAGGACUCAGCUGUUUCUCAAGCAGAAGCCUUGAAGGAGGAGAACGACUCUCUGCGCUGCCAGUUGGACGCCUACAGGAACGAGGUGGAGCUGCUCAAACAGGAACAAGGCAAGAACCAACCAAACAUCAGCGAGGAGGACAACACACACUCUCAGCAGCUCAGCUUCCUGCAGCAGGCUCUGCAGGGCAUGCAAAAGCAACUGUUAAAAAUGAGGGACGAAUUGAAACAGCGGGAGGCAGAGCUGGAGAAGAGUUUUGAGGACAAGCAGCAGCUGAACAACCAAGUCCUGAACCUGAAGGAAGGCCUCCUGAACCUGCAGAACACGAACAUAAUGCAGCUGGAGAAGUCGCAGCAAGAUGACAGAGGCGGCGAGGAGAGCGCUAAUCAAACCAGCGAGGCCACAGUGUCAACAGUGGUGUCCUGUAGUCAGGAGAAGGAAGGACCGACGGAGAAAAAUCCACCGAGUCCUGUGCACUCCGAGAGGGAGGCUCUGCUCGUUGGGAUCAUUUCAACGUUCCUGCACGUCCACCCCUUCGGAGCCAGCAUCGAGUACAUCUGUUCCUACCUGCAGCGCUUGGACACAAAGAUUAACACCAGUGAGGUGGAGGCUCUUCUCUCUCGGCUGCCCUGCACCUUCAGACAGGAGCUGACCGGUGUCGGAGCGAGUCUGGAGAAACGCUGGAACUUCUGCGGCUUCCAAGGCAUCAAGAGCACAUAAACAAACUCUGCCGGUGACGCUUCUGGGACGAGGGACAGACGAUAUUGGGACACUGUAGAGACUUGAAAGACACAGUUUAAAGCCCAGAAAUAUCAAAGACUUUACAAGGACGCAGAAGACUGAGCACAUGGAGGGAAUGUUACGUGAACAUUUCAGGGACUUUGUAAGUGGCAGAGACGUGACGAAGCAUCCCAGUUACAGAAUGGUGCUUCAGAUCACGGUGGCUAAGUCUUCAUGAGCCUGAACUCUGUGUCUGCUACGAUAUUUUUAGACAAAACGACUCUCUAGGAGUCACAGAAGACAACCGAUUCCCACAGUCACUGGAUUAAUAUGUAGUUAUCGCCACACGAGCGGAUAAUUGUGAUUUCUGAGCCUACGGCAGGAGGGGGGGGGGGCGCUCUGUAUGGUGUCAGUGUGCGCCAGGACUACAGGGCUAACCGAGGCGGCUAAUCAGGGUCAAACCAAACACUCUGGCCUCUAUUUCUCCUCUUUUUGCUGUUCCUGGUUUGUAAAAUAGAUCAAAAAUGGAUAUAUUUCUUCAUUUUCUGUAAAGGCUGUUAACAGUUGCAUAGAAUCAUUUGUUGUUAUACACUGUAAAUGCUUGGAUGAUAUUUUUGAUUAUAAAAACACACA